AUGUCCCCGAGCUCCGCUAACUCAGUGAUAGCCGCAAUUGAGAGAAUUUUAAACCUGAACCACGACCCUCCCGAGACCACGGAAUUUGGCAACGAGCCGCCUGCAGCCAACAGAGCUAUAACUCACACUGCCCCUCUCCUGAACGAGGAUGGCGAUCCGAUAUGGAAGGUUCUUGUAUUUGACAACCUGGGCAGAGAUGUUAUCAGUAGCGUAUUACGUGUGAACGACCUUCGCGGUUGGGGAGUCACCAUCCAUCUUAACAUCAAUUCCCGCCGCUAUCCCAUUCCCGAUGUUCCAGUACUUUACCUUGUCGAACCUACGGCCGACAACGUCCAAAUGAUCACAAAUGACCUUUCCAAAGGACUAUACGCCCCCGCAUAUAUUAACUUCCUUUCGUCUGUUCCACGGCCUCUCCUCGAGGAUUUCGCCGCCCAGAUCGCCACGACAGGGACGUCAGAGAAGGUGGCACAGAUAUACGACCAGUAUUUAAAUUUUAUUGUCGCAGAGCCAGAGCUCUUUAGCUUGGGGAUGGGCAAAGAUACGUACUGGAAAAUUAACAGUGCACAAACACGAGAUGAGGACUUGGAUGCAUUGAUAGACAGAAUCGUUAGCGGCCUGUUUAGCGUCAGCGUUACUAUGGGCGCCAUUCCUAUUAUCAGAUGUCCAAAAGGCGGCGCGGCAGAGCUGAUUGCUACGAAACUCGAUCGCAAGCUUCGAGACCAUAUCCUUAACUCUAAAGAUAACCUUUUCACCAGUGGCAGCCAGAGAGGUCUAAGUGUGCCGUCCGCCAGACCAGUUCUCAUUAUAGUGGAUCGUAAUGUCGACCUGGUUCCCAUGCUGUCACAUUCCUGGACAUAUCAAUCCCUGGUUCACGACGUUUUAACGAUGCAUCUGAAUCGCAUAACCAUGGAGGCUCCGACUGAUGAUUCGAAUCCGACUAAGGGUGCUACGAAGCGCUCGUACGACCUCACAGCUAGCGACUUCUUUUGGUCCCGCAAUGCUGGAGCCCCUUUCCCACAAGUUGCUGAAGAUAUCGACGCAGAGCUUACGAGGUACAAAGAGGAUGCCAACGACAUCACCAAGAAAACAGGAGCUUCUUCCAUUGAGGAUCUUCAGAACGACACUUCGUCCUCAGCGCAGCACCUGAAAGCCGCAAUCACUCUCCUACCUGAACUUCGCGAACGCAAGGCUGUUCUUGAUAUGCAUAUGAAUAUUGCGACUGCAUUGCUAAAAGGUAUAAAAGACCGCCAGCUAGAUAAUUUUUUCCAAAUGGAGGAAAACAUCGGUAAACAAACUAAGCAGCAAAUGCUCGAAAUCCUUGCCGACCCCAACCGUGGAGAUGAUCCAACCGAUAAACUCCGCCUCUUCUUAAUAUGGUUCCUCAGCAUAGAAUCCGAUCUUUCGCGCGCUGAAUUAACCCGAUUUGAGGAAGCUCUCGUCCAAGCCGGAUGCAAAGACGUUAGCUCCAUCGCAUACGUCAAACGUGUUCGCGAAAUUACGCGUAUGACAAUGAUGACCACUUCUGCCGCAACUCCUCAGCCUCCUUCCUCCGACCUCUUCCGCGGCUUCUCAUCUCUUUCCAACCGCCUAACAGACCGUAUCGCAUCAGGUGCACUCGGUGCAAACUUUGAUUCCCUAAUAUCGGGAGUUAAGAACUUCCUUCCUGUAAACAAAGACCUCACCCUAACCAAAAUCACCGAAUCCAUAAUGGACCCGGCGUCUGCAUCGAGCUCCGCUAUAGCGAAGACUGAAAAUUACCUUUACUUUGACCCUCGCAGCGCCAACGCCCGCGGCGCUAUGCCUCCAUCGGCAUCGUUACGCAACACUUCACAGGUCGGAAUACCCGGGUCUUUAGGAGCACCCGGCCCCGGAACAAGUGCCACAUUUGGCCAGCGACGACAAGCGUUCAGCGAGGCAAUUGUAUUCACAGUGGGUGGUGGAAGUAUGGAGGAAUAUGGGAACCUACAAGAUUGGGUUAAGCGGACUGGUGGCGGAACAGGUGCAGGCCAGACGUCUACUGGCGGUGGUGCCAGCGCUGUUGUGAGUGGAGUUCCCCAGCGGAGGGUUGUAUAUGGUAGUACAGAGCUUUUGAAUGCUGGUGAUUUCUUGAGGGAGGCCUUAGAACCCUUAGGGAGGGAGAGUUAAUUUUUCAGGACGUGUGAGCAGUUAUUGCAUCUUGCAUACACUCUUCGUCGAGUCUGGCGGCGCCUGUUGACGUCAUAUAUAUGUAAUUACAUGGGUGGGAGUUCAGCAUGUUUGGUUUUCCCAUCUGAUGCACCGUUUCGGGUAUCAGCUUUGAUGAGUGAGGCAGCAAAGCAAAAAUGAUCAGAUAGUUCCUGGCUCAGACAACAUCAUACAAGCAGUUGACCAUAGAAACAAA